AUGAUGGCCUCAAAUCUCCCUCUACCGAUCCCACCGCGCACGCCGACACCGCCGUCGGACGACGGCCGAGAUCAACAUGUUCCCCGAAUGAUCCCAGGACUAGGAGUAUCGGUCAAUCGCGAUUCACUGUCACCACUGAAGGAAUCAUUCCCCCGAACGAAUACACUAGAUCCAAUGAACGCGGAUCGCCUCAGUCCUACCAAAUCUUCAUUCAAUUUGAGUACUAGAGCUGCAGACGCGGUUUCGCCAUCGAAAAAUGGUUCAAGCGAUUCGCCCCCCGCUGGGCCAUUCAAUUUCAAUACAACGGUCAUGGCCAAGAGCCCAGUGGUGAAAUCGAAUAUCGGACAGCGCCGCGGUCACAAAUACAAGCACAGUAGCAUCUCGCACCAGAUCUUCCUCGAACCUCCUCCUCGCGCACCCUUGGCUCUGCCAAAUUCCCUUCCCAUUCCAACUUUGAAAGAGUGUCGUGCAAGUAUGUCCAAGGAUCAGAAAACACGAUUCUGGUGGAGUGUCUGCCACAUGUUCGUGGCUGCUUAUACACUUUGGAUGGCGCACGGGUCUUUGGCAAUGACUGCUUUGUCUCAUUUGAUCCUCUUUGAUUCCUUGGGUGCGCUUGUGUGCGUUGCCGUGGAUGUUCUGAGCAAUUUUGAGGUCUGGAAAAGGUCAAGCAUUCGUCACCCGUUUGGGCUGGAGCGGACAGAGGUUCUAGCUGGGUUUGCAAUGUGUGUGCUACUUUUGUUCAUGGGACUUGACUUGAUUUCCCACAAUCUGCAGCAUUUCCUGGAGAAGUCUGGCCAUGAACCUCAUCACUCUCAUGACCAUGACCGGGUGUCUCUGGGAAGCGUGGACUUGACAGCCGUCUUAGCUAUUUCCUCGACCUUGGUAUCGGCCAUUGGCCUCAAGAACCAUGCUCGUAUUGGAAAAGCAAUGCGCUUUGCAUACAUUGAGUCUUUGCCGUCAGUCUUAAGUAACCCCUCCCACUUUUUGACCCUUUCGUGCUCUACACUUUUGUUGUUGCUACCUCUGGUGUCAAUUCGAAUCUAUGACUGGCUCGAUAAGCUUUUGUCUGGCACCAUUGCUAUCUCAAUGUGUGUCCUUGGAGUUCAUUUGGUGAAAGCACUGGGCUCGAUGCUCCUCAUGUCGUAUUCGGGCCGGGGUGUAUCCGAUGUGAUUAAGGACAUUGAAUCGGACCCCUCAGUGUUUGGUGUUGAUGAUGCGCGGUUCUGGCAAGUCCACUACGGACUCUGUAUGGCCAACUUGAAGCUUCGAGUUUCUGGGACUGAUGAUAAUGUCGCUAGACUCAGAGAGAAGAUUUCAAGCUUGAUUCGAAACCGACUUGGAGGGGGCUAUGGUACUGGGGGUCAGAAAUGGGAGGUCUCUCUCCAAUUCACUAUCGAGAAAACCUAA